GAGAGGAAAAGUAAUUAAAUUAGAGCCUAAGACAAAAUGGCCAAGCCAACAGCUACACAGAGUGACAGCAACAAAUCCAACAACAAGCGCAGCAGCAGCAACAACAACACCAAUGCAGCUGCCAAUAACAACAAUAAUAAUAAUAACAAUAAUAUCAAUAAUAUAAAUAAUAGUAGCAGUAAACUGAAUGGCACCAUUUGUCAACCAAUUCUUCCCGCGCCGGCAAACACGCCGCUGAACAAGUCCAUCAAACACGACCUCUUCCCGGAGGUGACCUUUUGCAAUCUGUCCGUGGAGGAGCUGGACGAUGCCGCCGGCCACAGUCGCACGGUACGCAAUAGCAUUAUUGCUCUCGACGGGGAGGGCAACUUGAGCCUGAUGACUGGCAGCCAGGUGAAGAAGCGCAAGCGUUUGAUAUCGAAUGAAUCGGGCGAUUCCAUCGAUUCGAGCAGCACCGAAAAGAAGACGCCCAAAAUGCCAGAUGGCGGCUACGGUUGGGUUGUGGUGUUUGCCUCGUUGGUAGUCUCGCUCAUAUGGGAUGGUCUCUCCUUCUCUUUUGGCCUGAUUAAUACCGAACUGCUGGCCUACUUUGGUGAGUCGCCAUCGAAGACCGCUUGGAUUAGUUCCCUGUUCUUUUCGGUGCCGCUGCUGAUGGGUCCCAUUUGGUCGAAUCUGGUGGAUAAAUAUGGCUGCCGCAAAAUGACCAUACUUGGCGGCCUUGUUUCCGCCUUUGGAUUUGCCAUCUCCUCCAUUUGCAACUCGGUCGAGAUGCUUAUGGUUACAUUUGGCAUCAUCAGCGGACUGGGCCUGGGCAUUGGCUAUGUCACGGCUGUGGUAUCGAUUGCCUUUUGGUUCGAUAAAAAGCGCAGCUUUGCCACGGGCAUUGGCGCCUCUGGCACGGGCAUUGGCACGUUUGUCUAUGCGCGUCUCACACAGUAUUUGGUGGAUUCGUAUGGCUGGCGUGGCGCCACACUAAUCCUGGGCGGCACCAUGCUGAAUGCCUGUGUGUGUGGCGCCUUGAUGCGCGAUCCCGACUGGCUGAUUGAGGAGAAUCGCUUGGAGAGCCGUUCGCAGAGCGUGACCACGUUCUCCAAUUCGAGCGUGUGUCUGGAAGAGAUUAAGAAGCUGCUGGACACUGGCAUCACCAAGGAGGCCGUGCUGGACACUCUGGUCACCAAGAACAACACCGAGGCCAAUCAGCAAAUUGAUGAUCCGCUGGAUACGAGCCUUAAGCGCUAUCGCAGCGAAUUGUUCCUGCCCACAUUUCUCAGCGCCCAGGAACUGGACAGCAUCUGCGAGGUGAAAAGCCUGAGCCGUCGCUCGCUGCGUCACAAGGAAGGCGCCGAGGCGCCCUCACGCGACAAUCUGCUGUCCAUGUCGUCGGGCGCCGCAGCCUACGGGCCCACGGCGCCAAUUCUAGGCUCGCCGGACGAUACACUGAUGGGCGGCAUACCGCACGAGGUGGAGGAGGCGGCCAAAAAGAGCUACCUGGCAUCCAUAGAGACCCUGUCGCCUUCGGAGAAGCACUCCACAGUUGCGGGCACGCCGAAUGGGUCGGUGCGCUCCUCGGACGAGGGCUACCUCACACAGAAGCACAACGAGGCGCAUUAUGCCAGCUCUCGUUAUUCGCUCAACGAAAAUCUCUUCAUGACCAAGCACAUUGCGCCCUCGAUGUCCAACCUCAUAAACGGGCUGCGCCACAACUCUGUGGACAUACUGAGCGACGAUAUGCACACCUACUACAUGGCCGUUAAGGAGGAGACCUUCGCGCUGCUUGAUCCACAUCCCAGACCAAAGCUGCGCCCUGUUGCUGCUGCAUCCACAGUGAUUGCCAUACCCGAGCACGAGGAGAACAGCGAGCUGGCGCUGCGUCGUUCCCGUCUGGACAGUAUUACGGGCCUGCGCCGUCUGUCCCGCUCGAAGAAGCCCAAUCCGCAUCGCUCGAAUCUGCGUCGCAACAUCUCCAUCAGGAACUCCAAUUUUCUGAAAGAUAUGCGCAUACAUCGCAACUCCAUACACUAUCGCGGUGCCAUGCUCAACACGCAUCGCUAUCGCCUGCGCGCCUCCUCCUGCCCCAACAUCUAUCGCAACUCGAUGACCACCAUUGCCAAGGAGGAGGAAGAUACCUGGUAUGAUAACUUUGUGGACACCAUGAAAUCGGCCUUUGAUUUUUCGCUCUUCUUGGAUAACAAAUUCGCGCUAUUCAAUCUAUCCACAUUGUUUUUGUUUAUUUGGUUUAUCAUACCCUAUCUUUAUCUGCCCGAUUACAUGAAGCAAUAUAACUACGAGGUGAGCGUGAGCGCAGUACUCAUAUCCGCAAUUGGUAUUGCGCAAACGGUGGGCAUGAUUGGAUUGGGUUAUUUGGGUGAUUCACCCUGGAUGAAUAUCAAUAUAUGCUAUUCCAUAUGCAUGCUGGUUUGUGGUGCUUCGGUGUUUUUUAUGCCCAUGCUAAUCAAUAGCUACAAUGGACUGAUGGCAAUGUGCGUCAUAUUUGGAUUCACUUUUGCCAGCUCCUUUUCAUUUACGCCCAGCAUAUUGGUCAGUAUCGUUGAUUUGGAUGAUUUCACUUGUGCCUACGGUUUGGUGCUGCUGGUGCAGGGCGUUGGCAUGAUUGCCGGCCCGCCCAUAGCAGGUGCCAUUUAUGAGUUUACGGGCAGAUGGGACGACUCCUUCUACUAUGCGGGCAUAUUUAUAGCACUCUCCGGCGUCUGUUCGUAUAUGAUUGAGUUCUGUGAGAAGAAACCAACUAAAGAGAGUGAUAGUGAUGUCUCAGAGACUAAAAAAGCUCAACUUUUACAUUAGUUUACUAAAAUGUCAGUAGCAGAACCAAGCAAAACAAAAAGAAAUUUAUAUAAAAAUAAUUAUAUAUAAUUCAAUUCAAGGACUACAAUUGAUAAACUUCAGUGCAAUUAUGCAGCACUGCGGCCUAAUUAAAACACAAAUAAUGGACUAGCAUUAAAUGUUAUCAAGUUUCUUAUGUCAAAUGCUGUUGCAGCUGAAAACAAAAACAACAAUACAAAAAAAAACAUUACCUAAAAUAUAAAACUCAGAGCGAAUUAGUAGAUAAAUAAUUAAUUAAUGACUAGUUUUUCGCAUGUAAGCAAAGCAUUGACUUGAAAUCAAAUAUUAUAUUUAACAACUAUAUUAGUUAGUUAACGCACUAGGACAACUAUAUUGUACGGAUACUCCAAUAAAACAACAACAAGAACAACAACAACAACAACAACAUGGAAAUUAACCGAUCAGUGGCUACUAAUUGGAAAAAAUAUGUUUUUAAGUGGGAGGCUGAAGGCUUCCGAUUUAUUUGAAUCCAAGAUUAUAACUAAAGUACAAUUGAGAACUUAUGCUGCAAGUCAGCUAUGGUUAUGAUAAAGCUUAUUCUCUUAAAGCUCAAAAGCUCGCGGUGAUCUUAUGCUGCGAAUCAGCUGUGCUAUGCUAAAGCUUCUUUCCUUAAAGUUUAAAAGCUCAUAUCUUUUAUUAGGUUGUUUUGGGGAUUCAGCUUUCUUUUGCUGAUUGUUAUGCCCUGGGUUUAGAUUGUUACGUUAAUGGGUAUUUGCGAAAUGGUGGUAAGCGAAGUUAGCCCUUUGGUAAUUCGCUUCCACGUUCCUGAGCUUUUGCCAAAGCAUUAGGCAAAUUUUCAGGUUUAAGGGAGAACAAAACUUCUGAUAAAGAACCGUUAGGACCUGUGAUGAAAAUUCUUAAAGCGUAGUCUCUGUUUUUCUUAUUCAUCUCCGUAAUAAUUUGUUUUUGUUUAUCAAAAGGGUUAGUUUUUUAUUAACUAAAUUGUAGUAUUCGAGAACAGAUAGGUUACCCUGUCGUAAAAUACUUAACUCCUGUUCUAUUAUAUUGAUUGGUCGUCUAUCACUGUAGGCGAAAUCCAACCUUGCAAGUAUAGCUUCAAAAUUAAAAACGGUACCGUGAUUAGUCAAAGUGUCAUUAGCUUUACCUGUUAUUUUAUUUCUUAAUAUUGUUAAAGCACCUACGUACUUUCUACUUCCUUCUUUAUACAUUCGCAUGGCACAGCAAGCGACUUCGCGCCAACUAACAUAUGCAUUAUAGCUGCCUGAGAAUUCUGGUAUGGACUUGAUAACAUCAAAAGAUUCGUCGCAACGAAUAAGGUGAUUUAUUUCAGUAAUCUUAUAUUCUUGUUCAUUAUUAGAUGAGAGAGUGAUUUGUAACUUCAAUUCUGCAAUUUGCUCUUGAAGCGCUCUGCUCUGACUUGCGAUCAACUGAGCUACCAAAUCAGCUGUCAAGUUAUUAUUGUUAGCCAUUUUUAAAUUUUGAAAAUCUUCAAUUAAACUUUCUAUAUGGUUAUCCAGUUUAUAACACUUAUUAUUCUAACAAAUGCUUGCACAAAUUUAAACUCUAAUUACUUAAUUAAAAAAAGUUUCUUUUUAAAGUAAAUGAUGAUGGCUCACGUAAAAGGUCUUUCUUUAUGGGUGAUUAUACAUAUGUCGUUCAAGUCUUCCUUCCUUCCUUCUGGGACUUAGGGUCUUCUUUUUAUGGGGGUCUCAGGUUGACGUGAUAUUUUUUAUUUGGUUAAAAGUUUUUGAUUGGUGAAACAAUUUUUGUUGGCGAAAAUAUUUGUUU